AUGUCAGGGAGAGGAAAGGGAGGAAAGGGGUUGGGAAAGGGUGGGGCAAAGAGGCACAGGAAGGUUCUGAGGGAUAACAUCCAAGGCAUCACCAAGCCCGCCAUUCGAAGACUUGCUCGUAGAGGCGGAGUUAAGCGCAUCAGCGGCCUCAUCUACGAAGAAACCAGAGGGGUUCUCAAGAUCUUCUUGGAGAAUGUGAUUCGCGAUGCUGUGACUUACACUGAGCACGCCAGGAGGAAGACGGUGACUGCCAUGGAUGUGGUCUAUGCUCUCAAGAGGCAGGGACGAACCCUCUAUGGUUUUGGAGGUUAA